CAUGUGUUGUUACGCAUCCAUGGAAACAGCUCUUAACUGUAGCAGGGGCAUUUAGUUUACAUUUUACGUUAUAUUACACAUUUAUCAGCCUGUCAGGCUAUAACGAAUGUAACAUGGCUCAUGUCCGGACCUAUAAUCCGCACGUCCGUGUAGGAAACUGGAUUGAAGACGUGACUUUAAAAGAGGAAAUCCUAAAGGACUUCAUUCUUCAAAAAGACAGAGGCGAACUCACAGUCCAGAAAGAAGGAGCUUUGAAACAAAACAUUCUCAAAACAGUGAGUUUAUCAGUGUCGCAGGAUGGCUUUCUGCACUUUGGUGACACAAUCAUGCUGGUGAACUCUGGAGGUGGAGAACAUGACCAGCGUGGCUCUUGUGUUCUUAGCAUCAUUGCCGACAUCAGUGAUAUCGCAUCACGUUCAGAGACAAAUUCAGUCCCCCACCUUCUCGGGCCCCUCCAAGUGGGGGGAUCCCACAGCAUGACCCCUUGUGUUAGAAACGCCUUUAUCAUUACAAGUGUUGAUGGGACCUCAGAAGGAGAGCUGCUCAGAUACGAUCAAAGCUUUGCCCUGAGAACUACUGCAGGCUUUGCCGCAGAGCUGUUCCUUUCCAGUGAUCACCGAACAUUUCAGAAGUGUGCGAAGAAGUCUCGACUACAGGAGUUGAGUUUGGUUGAGGAGUUUGAUUUCCUGUGCUGGUGGAAGGUCCUUUACUUUGACCCCCAAGAAAGGCUUGAAAACGAGGGAUACCCUGUUCAGGUGAACAGCAAGGUUUUGAUUUCCCACUGUAAGACAAAUCAAUGUUUGGCUGCACUCGGCAAUCACAUCCUAUGGACUCCGUUUGGUAAAGAAUAUGAACUCACUGCUCACACCUUCUUGGACUCCCAUAAAGCUGAGCGGGACAAUAACCAUUGGCUGUUUUUUACGGCUCAUCCUGCCAAUCAAAAUGAAACCCUGAUGCAACUGCAGCAAGACACAGUCAUAACGGAUGAGCAAAGAGAAAACCAAGAGGACACACAAGUAAAAGAGUGCAGUUAAAAAGAACAGAGACAUAGAAGGAAAAUAACACAAUAAUAAUAUCAAUAAAUAUUUCUGAAAAUUAUUUAUUUCUUUAUAUAUUUACUAUACAUAUUUCCAUUUGUGAGCUCUAUUGAUUUUUCUUUUUCAAAGUAGAGAAUUUCAUAAAGCCCCAAAAGGAGAACCUAACUCACUGUUGCCCCCUGCGGUUGAAUACUCAGCUUAGCAUUGCAAUGAAUAUUUAGCAUUAUUCAAUCUUAUACACAAAUUCGCUCUCUAUUUAGUGUUUGAAGUUUAUUGUUAAGAGGAAAAUCCCUUGAGAUGUGACUUCUCUUUUU